AUGUACGGAAAGUGUGGAAGCAUAGAGGAAGCUCUCAGAGUAUUUGAAACCAUGCCGGUGAAAAACGAAGCUACUUGGAACGCUGUGAUAUCUGCUUAUGCACAUCACGGACAAGCUCAAGAAGCACUCUCGCUGUUUAAUCAAAUGUCAGUUUCUCCAAGUGAUGUUACAUUCGUAGGAGUUCUCUCUGCUUGUGUGCACGCGGGUUUAGUCGAUGAGGGCCGUCGAUACUUCCAUGAGAUGAGUUUCAGAUUCGGGUUGGUUCCGAAAAUAGAGCAUUACACAAACGUAAUUGACCUUUUAUCUCGUGCGGGGAUGUUAGAAGAGGCGUGGGAGUUGAUGGAGAAGUUUCCAGGGAAGCCAGACGAGAUCAUGUUGGGAGCAAUUCUUGGAGCGUGUCUGAAGAGAAGAGAUGUGGUGGUUGGAGGGAAAGUGAUGAAGAUGUUGAUGGAGAUGGAAGAGGUUAAGAACGCAGGGAACUAUGUUAUAUCUUCCAAGGUUUAUGGUGAGAUGAAGAUGUGGGAUGAAUGUGCGAAGACGAGGGCGUUGAUGAGAGAGAGAGAGAGGCGUGGUUUAGAAACCUGGAUGUAG